UGUUACAAAGUUGUAAUGAAUAAUAUCAUGACAUUGGAGACUACCCCAACUAUAUGUUGACGAAGAGCAAAACUACGUAUAUUCCAACUAUAAAUUAGAAUCUUCCCCCACUUUGAAAUUAGAGAAAACAAGGAGAGGCCAAGCGCUAUAUAUAGUUAGCUUAUAGCUUAUGAAAACCGUAGAUCUUGGUCAAAUCUAAGAUGGGAGAAGAGUACUUUUUAGAAACAGAGAAGAUGAAGGUGCAAGAAAAAGAUGAGUUAUCAAAAACACACUUUGUUUUAGUACAUGGAAUUAGUGGAGGUGGCUGGUGUUGGUACAAAAUCAAGUCUUUAAUGGAGAUUUCAGGCUAUAAAGUGACAUGUCUUGACCUUAAAGGUGCUGGAAUUCAUCCUGCUGAUCCUACAACUCUUCUUUCCUUCGAUGAUUACAAUGAACCUCUCAUCGAUUUCUUGUCAUCUUUGCCUGAAAAUGAACAGGUAAUUUUGGUAGGACACAGUGCUGGAGGACUGAGUGUCACAGAUGCAACUCACAAAUUCCCAAAGAAAGUAAGGCUGGCCGUGUAUAUAGCAGCAACCAUGUUAAGAAAUGGACUUGUGACUGAACAAGAUGUUAAAGAUGGCACCCCAGAUUUAUCAGAGUUUGGUGAACCUAUUGAUGUAUAUGAUAUGUUGUUCGGAUUAGGACCCGAACAACCUCCAACCAGUGCAGUCAUUAAGAGAAGUUUACAACGCAAAAUCGUUUACCAGAUGAGCCCACUCGAGGAUUCAACAUUAGCAGCGAUGUUGUUGCGUCCUGGACCAAUUCAAGCAUUAAAAAGCGGUCGAUUUAAAGAAGGGGAAGGUGCAGAGGAAGUGCCACGAAUAUACAUUAAAACAGCGUACGAUCGAGUGGUGAAGCCAGAGCAGCAAGAUGCAAUGAUCAAGAAAUGGCCUCCACAGAAUGUGUACACUUUGGAAAGUGAUCACAGCCCUUUCUUCUCUGCUCCAUUCUUGCUAUUUGGCUUGCUUAUUAAAGCUGCUGCUUCUCUCGGUUGCAGUACUGAAUGAGAUGGUAAACAUCUCCACCAUGUGCAUAGUAUAUUGUGGUUAAUUAUUCUAGGUUAGGGAUUUAUUGUCUAGUCCCUAAGUAUUGAAUUGAACUACUGAAAGACAAUAAAUAUUGCAGAAUAGGGUGAGUGUGAAGUGUGCCAACGUGGUUAUUACUUGCAUAUGUACAAUAAGAUAAACAUGUGUAGUUAAGUCAAAUUCCAAGAAAGUGCUCAAGCUAAUGGUACUGCUACUAUUUUCUGCA